AUGGAAGGCUGCACCCAGUCGAGUGGAGUCGAUGACAAGAUGGUCGUGGAAACGAUCACACUUUCAAAUGGAGCCAACAUGCCCUUACUGGGUCUUGGAACGUGGCAGGCAAAAGACGAGCAAGAGUUGAUGGUCUCCUUGAGGACAGCACUCGACAAUGGAUAUCGUCUAAUUGACACUGCAUUUUUGUACCAGAACGAAGCCAUUAUCGGCAAUGUACUGAAGGAAUACUUGUCAACAGGAAAGAUUAAAAGAGAAGAGCUUUUCAUCACUACGAAGUUACCGUUCACUGCUCACGCCGCAGAAGAUGUGGAGAAAUGCGUAAAACUGCAAUUGGAAGCUCUUCAGCUUGACUACAUCGAUCUCUAUCUUAUUCACUGUCCCUGCCCUUUCGAGCGGAAGAAUGACACUUUCCUACCAAACGUUGUCAAUGGCGCUUUUGUGCCAACAGUAAUCGAACAUAUUGAGACAUGGCGUGCCAUGGAAAAGCUACACGAUGCCGGCAAGCUGAAGGCGUUGGGUCUAUCAAACUUCAGCGCUGAAGACAAGUGGAACUUCUCGUAUUGUACAGGCUCGCGUACAGCCGCAAAGUCUUCAGUAGAAUGUCAUAUCUACCUGCCGCAAGUGGAACUUCAGCAAGUUUGUAAAAAGCUCAACAUAUCGCUCACUGCUUACGCUCCUUUGGGAUCACCUGGCAGGAAGGCCGCUCGACCUGAUGGAGUUUGGCCUGAAGGAGAUCCAAUGACAGAGCCGAUCGUUGAGAAAAUUGCUGCGAAACAUGGUAAAACUCGAGCACAGGUCCUUCUACGACACCUCACCCAGCGUGGGAUCUCAGCCAUUCCAAAGAGCAUCAAUCCCGACAGAGUGAUUGAGAACAUAUCUAUUUUCAAUUUCAAGCUCACUGAUGAAGGAGAUGGAUCAGCUCAACAAUGUUAA